AUGUGUUUUAAAAUAUUUUUAAGCAACCUGCCACUAUAAUUCAAGACUAAAGGAAAUUUCAUAAAGUCUUCAUAAGAUUAUUCCUUAUGUGAAUAUAUUCUAAUUUUCCAAAAGAUAUCUUUACAAAAGUGGAUGGUGAAUAUAUUUUAAAGUAAUAGUUGGACAAUACUGAAAAUAUAAAACGUAUAGAUUAUCACAAUUAACUUUAAAUAUUAAUACUAGGCUGUUAUAAAUUUAAAUUUGAUAGUAAUGAAAUGAUGAUAAUAAUAUUAGUUUAAAAUACGAGUAUAUAAGUCCUUAACAGUGACUUGUUUGAAAUCAUCUAAUCUUUCAAAUUUUUGUAUUAGUAAGAGUGAAGAUAAUACUCUAAAGAUAUGGAGAAUAGUACAAGAUGGCUUAUAUUAUGAUUAGACUUUGGAAGGUCAUUAAGAUUCUAUGAUAUGUUUUUGUUUAAAUAAAACUGAAAAUAUAUUCACUAGUGGUAGUAUGGAUACAAAUAUUAUUGAAUGGUAUUAGAAUGGAUAAAAUAAAUGCUAAAAGGGAUAAACGAUAGUAGAUUGUCCAAAAAUAACGUUGUGUAUGAUAACUGGUUGUAUUGAUCACUCGAUUUCAAGAUGGAGUUUGAUUAAUGAGAAAUGGAGAUGUUGUAGGAUUGAUAAAGCUCACAAUAAAUCAGUGAAUGCAAUAAGUUUUAUAAAUUCAUCAAGAUUUAUAAGUGGUUCUUGGGAUUCGACAAUAAAAAUUUAGGAUAGAUAAAAUACAAAUUAAAAUUAUGGUUAAAUUGCUACAAUACUUACAUUUUCUCCAGUUUCAAAUUUAAAACUGAUCAUUUCUUAUCUAUUAUUCCAUAUGUAUUGCUCCUCACAAGGGAAACUUUGUGUUGAUUGCCUUUAUAACCAUGGAGAGUGGAUAUAUUCAAACAAACAGUUUCGAUUAAAAUAUUUCAAGAAACGAUGGCAAAUAUCUAAAAAGAAUCAAAAUUUUCUGAGGCACAAGAAUUUACCUAACAGAGAAUAGAUUUAAAAUUAGAAAGUACGAUGAAGAUAAUUUGCGAGAAUUUAUAAGAAUCAUUCAAAUAAAUUUAUGAUCUGAUUGAAUUCUCAGAUAAAAAAUAUAUGUCCAUCAUUAACAAUAAGAAAAAUCCAGCAGAAUUGUCAAAUUUUCACUUAGAGAUAUUAGUACAAAUGCUUGAAGGGAAGAACAAAUGUAAUUAAUGGAAUGCUGAAAAAAACUUUAAUUUGAUAAAGUUAUAAAAGUUAAAGAAUGCAUUGGGAUCAGAAAUUAAGGCUUUUAAUGAAAAAAUAUUUUUUUAAAUGAAAGAGAUUUUGUCCGAAGAAUUUUAAUUAAAUCUUUAUAUUAAAGCUGAGAAAGAAGCUUAGAUUAAAGCUGAUCAAGAAGCUAAAGAAAGAUAUAUUCGAGGGAAAUUUAAUAUUUAAAAAAAUAAUUUUUUAUUUUACUAAAAACCAAAUUACAUUAUUGAAUUAUUAAUUAUUUUUAAAUAAAUGUCUAAAUAUUAAUUUUUAGAAGGAGAAUUAUAAAUUUCAUUUUUAAAGAAAGGAUAAACUUUUGGAGAUUGA